UCGAGAUACCAGUUAUAAAUAGGCCCAUGUCGAGCCAAGAGGGUUAAAAUCAAUCCUCAAAUAUCAAACACUCGUACCAGACAGAUCUAGUUGCACUCCAAAUAACCAUCCCAAUCAUGGCUUCAUUUGAGUACUCCGCAGAUCAGCGGAUCGACAUUGCCUGGGUUUUCCAGGUAGUCAACCAUCUUGAGGAGAACGGGGUCCCGGUGGGUCUGAUGAAUCGCUGCUUAUUCAGGGCGAGGGUAGAGGAGGACCGACUUUAUAUGGACCCGACCAUUGAUUUGGACGUUCCAGACGACCUUCUGGGAGAAGCCGUGAAAGUUCUGCGGAAUGCCAAAUUCGACGACCGGCCCCGUGCAUGGAAGGAGACUCGCAAGCUCAUACCCUGUCAGGCCGUAUCGGCUUAUCAGGGGUGGUUCGUGCCGGCCCACGCGUUCUAUGUGCGGCGGGGUCCGUUUGAAGAUGGCGAUGCCCGGCUCUGGGAGCAGCACGACGAGGGCUUCGAUUACGAUUCAGUGGUCAACCGGAGGGGCGAUGUCUUGCUCCAGCUAUUCCGACAUAGCGACUACCUCUGGAAUCUGCCAGCACCCACGCUGGGGCCGCCGGCCCCAGACGACCGUUUCUACGAUCUGAUCACCCUCGACGAGUCGACGGCUGGUGGUAGUACUGGUGGUCUGACCGCCAAGGGGAUCCGGUUGGCGCGAUACGCCGAAUCAAUGGUCUUGUUGUGCCUACGCGACAAGACCUCCAUCUCGGCGGGACCGUGGGAUAUCGUCUGGCCGCAGCUGCAGAAUAUGGCGCGCGAGGGCCACGAGGAGCAGGCGUCCUGGUGGGCGGUCUCGGCCUUCCGGCCCUUUUUCCAGGAGCUAUGGCGGCAUGUGCUACUCAAGCCGGAGCCAGGCCAGGAGCCGUCCACUUCUCCACCCUCUGCGGAGUGGAACCGGAAUUACAGGGAGAUCAUGGACAAGAUGGAAGCCACGUUGACUGAACGCGGGCUUUUACCCGAUUCGCCUUUCCCGAUGUUUCCUGUCUCUCGCAUGGCCCCAAUCCUCCACUCGGUCUACGAGGAGGAAUUGUUUGAGAGUGAGGAUCCCUAGACUUUCUUUGGUCUGGGUCGGAGAAC